AUGAUUGGGCUUUCAAAGCUCUGGGUGGCUUCAUCAUUCCUGGCUCAGCAUGUACUUGCGGGCCGCAAUCUAGUUUCACGCAAUGAUACGGAAACGUAUGCGACGGGCCUGUUGCACGAGUCAAUGGAUUGGAUGGACAUGUACUAUGACAAUGAAAGAGGAUACAUGUUCAGCUUGGAUGCCGCUGCUCUGACGCACGACACCAGAUCGAGCGCGUGGUAUGCAGCAGGAUUGUUGGCGCGGAACGAAGCCGACGAUGUCGAGCAGGCAGUACGAAUCGUGAAGAACGUUAUUGGAGGGCAGUUCAAGAAUGAGAGUGAUCAAUGGUUCGGCAAUUACCAAAAAUAUCCAGAAGAGCCGACUGUGGCUACAGAACAAUAUCCAGCAGAGAUCUACAACUCGUGGGACCCCAACUGGCGCGGCUUCAUCGGUACAACAUUCGUCGUUAUGCUAGAAGAGUUUCCUCACCUCCUCCCGCAAGAUGUCCAAGACUACAUGCUUGAGAGUUUAUUCAACACCACAAUUGGAGACAGCUACCGUGUCGGCGGCGUCGAUGACGAUAACCUCUACCCGGCCUACAGCAACCCCUCCAUCAUGCGUGCUUUCGUCUCCGGCUACGUCGGUCGUCGCGCCAACGACUCUAACAUGACGACUGCAGGUGAAGCCUACGCAAAAGAAGUCAUCGACCUGUUUGUCCGUGACAAUACGCUUUCAGAGUUCAAUUCCGGAACCUACGCUGGUGUUUCGCUGUUUGCACUUACACUUUGGGCGAAGUAUAUGCCAAGCGAUAGUCUGAUGGGCGAAUACGGACCGAAAAUGAUUCGCGAUACGUGGUCGGUGCUGGGGGACUUGUAUCAUGCGGAUUUGAAGAAUGUGGCUGGGCCCUGGGAUCGCGCAUAUGGGUUUGACAUGAAUCGGUAUUUGAGUAUCCUGGCGCUGCACAUGUGGACGCUGGUGGGUAAGGAGAUGGCGCCUAUCAACAAGAAGCCAUAUGCCAUGGGCCACAAGAACGACUUCGCAAUUGGCCCUCUAGUCGCCAUUUUGGCCCCCUACCAUAACACGCUCGUCCCAAACACCACUCUCUCCUCUCUGUCAAAGUUUCCCGGUACGCAUACCGUUAGCACCUCCGCCUUCUCUCCACCAUACGACUUUGAGCCCCGCAACAUCACCGCCUAUCUAUCCCCCAACCUGACCAUUGGUGCGGAAUCCUUCAAUGAAACCGUCGUCGGCGGCCCAGCUAGGAACCAGAAAUCGUUCAAUCCCGCCGUCGUGCAGUGGAAGAGGCAGGAUGGUAGUGUGGGCUGGAUGAGUCUGUAUGCUCAGAGCAUGGCUUUGGAUGUUGUGGUCGAAGAGGGAAGCUUGCAGCUUGAGUACCCGGCCGGGAAUUCGUCGAGCGCAUUUUCCUUCUUAGUGGGAACGAAUGGCUGGGAUGGGAAGAGGGAUGUGGCGAGUUGGGCAGACGUAGAGGGUGUUCAAGUCAAUGCUACGGGAUCUGUGGAUUUGGCGGUUGAGGUUACCUUCAAUGGGCUGUUUGGUGGAGCGGGCGAGGUUAUCAAUGACUUUGAGUUUUGGAACUUUACGUAUAAGAUGCCAGAAGGGAGCGAGGAGGUCCCGCGGAUAAGGCUGGAUUUUCAGGUUGUGUGA